AUGUCCACCCCCAACCCACAUAUCUGGGUCCAGGUCCGAGUAGGACCCACAUCUGACCCACACAUCCCUUCCCGCUCGAUACCACCCUCCCCCCGGCGCAGGAUCCUGCUGACGGUGGUGGUGAUUUUCCGCAUCCUGAUCGUGGCCAUCGUGGGCGAGACGGUGUACGAGGACGAGCAGACCAUGUUCAUGUGCAACACGCUACAACCCGGCUGCAACCAGGCGUGUUACGACAAGGCCUUCCCCAUCUCCCACAUCCGCUACUGGGUCUUCCAGAUUAUCCUCGUCUGCACCCCCAGCCUCUGCUUCAUCACCUACUCCGUCCAUCAGUCGGCCAAACAACGGGAACGCCGCUAUUCCUUCCUCUACCCCCUCCUCGACCGCGACGCCCGCCCCCCGAAAAAACCCAAACCCAUCACCGAGGCGACGCCUGGCCCGGACGACACCGACGCUAAGGAAGAAACCGAUAUUCCAGAAUCCAAAGAUCACCCGGCUUUGCUUCCCAAACCGUGGCGCAGCUCCAAAACCAAACGCCAAGAAGGUAUUUCCCGUUUUUACGUCAUCCAAGUGGUUUUCCGUAACGCGUUGGAAAUCGGUUUUUUAGCCGGGCAGUAUUUCCUCUACGGUUUCAACGUGCCGGCGAUUUUCGAGUGCGACCGGUAUCCGUGCGUCAAAGAGGUGGAAUGUUACGUGUCGCGGCCGACGGAGAAGACGGUUUUCCUGGUGUUCAUGUUUGCCGUCAGCGGGGUUUGCGUCCUCCUCAACUUGGCCGAACUCAACCAUUUGGGUUGGCGGAAGGUCAAGGCGGCCGUCCGGGGGGCGCGGGCCCGGCGCAAAUCCUUAGGGGAAGGGCGGAAAAAGGAUUUCGCCCCCCCGUUGCCUCCUCUGGGAAGGACGCAAUCCAGCGAGUCGGCUUACGUCUGA